AUGUCAAAGCCCAUCACUCUCCAGAUCCGCCCACGAGGCAAGCCUAUCAAGUCUCUCCCAGAGGCGGUGUCCGUGCCUGCCGAUGCUACAGCUGCAGACCUCUACGGUCUUCUAUCCACCAAAUCCCGAUACUCAGUACAUCAAUUGCGUGUCACAAAAGGCUCCGAUGGCUCUCACAUCCCCAACGGGACGUCCACAGUCCACAGCACCGGCCUACGCAAUGACAGCACCAUCUACGUGAAGGACCUGGGCCCUCAGAUCGCCUGGCGAACCGUCUUCGUCAUCGAGUACCUGGCCCCAAUAUUCAUCCACCCGCUGUUCUACGCUCUUGCAGCCCACAUCUACGGCGGCACCGGAGCGCAAUCACAGAUGCAGAAAACGGCUCUGGUCGCAAUAGUAGCACACUUCGUCAAGCGCGAAUUCGAGACGCUGUUCAUCCAUCGCUUCAGUGCAGCCACGAUGCCCAUCCGCAACAUCUUCAAGAACUCAGCACACUAUUGGCUGCUGAGUGGCGUCAACAUGGCGUACUGGAUCUACUCGCCAACGUCAUCCUCAGCUAAAGACCCUCCCAACCAGGCACUACUCUUUGCGGGCAUUGCCCUGUACGCAUUCGGCGAGCUUGGCAACCUGUCUACACAUCUCACGCUGCGCAACUUGAGAAGUCAGGGCGGCAAUGAGCGAGGAAUACCACAAGGAGCGCUCUUCAACUUGGUCACAUGCCCAAACUACUUUACGGAGGUCCUUUCGUGGGUAGGCGUUUGGCUGAUCAGCGGCUUGAAUUGGAGCGUAGUGGUCUUCCUGGUUGCCUCAGGUGCACAGAUGGCUAGUUGGGCGAGCAAAAAGGAAAGGCGGUAUCGCAAAGAAUUUGGCGACAAGUACAAGCGUAAGCGCUUUGUCAUGCUACCGGGGAUCUGGUAG